ACCCCAAAUUACAACCUUAACGUAAUCCCAGGCGCUCUCUCUCUCAGUCUCUUCCUUUUUAUCACUCUCUCUCUCUCGUCACUCUCUCUCUCUUCCUCUCAAGUCUCUCUAGCUCUCAAAUAACUUCGUUUUUUUAUGGUAACAAACUUCAUUACAUGUUGAAAGAGUUUCCUUUCUUCUAAGAAAUCAAUUACCGAUACACUUUUGCUUUACGUAGUUACUACUUUUUAUUAAUUUUCCCUUUCUUCCUGAUCUUCCUUUGCUUACUAUAUAGUAUAUCCUUUGUUGCGUCUGUGGUUUUAUUGAAUAAAAACCAAGAAGAAGAGCAAGCGUUUAAACACACCCACCAAAAAAGAAACAAAAGGACUGGUAGUUGAAGAAGAAGAAGAAGAUGGUGGAAACGGCAAAUCACCAGCACCCACAGGGGCCACCGCCAGCACCACUUCAGCCACUUGGAGGGGCAAGGGGUCCUCUUUUUGCUCCCAACGAGCAAUUUCAACACCUCCAAUAUUGCAUCCACUCCAACCCAAGAUGGGUGGAAACAUUUAUACUGGGUUUCCAGCACUAUAUUGUAAUGCUUGGAACUACAGUUUUGAUUGCCAGUAUACUUGUGCCUAAAAUGGGUGGCAGCCAUGGUGAUGAAGCCCGUGUUAUUCAAACAUUGCUCUUUAUGGCGGGACUGAAUACACUGGUUCAAACAAUGAUUGGGACGAGGCUUCCUACAGUGAUGAGUGCAUCAUUUGCUUACGUCAUACCCGUGUUGGCAAUUAUCAAUGAUAUCUCCGAUGAGACCUUUACAUCUGAGCACCAGAGGUUUUUGCACACUAUGAGGACAAUUCAAGGAUCCCUAAUUGUCUCUUCCUUUGUCAACAUCGUUCUUGGAUUUAGUAAGGCAUGGGGGAGGUUGACAAGAUUAUUUAGUCCCGUUGUUCUUGUACCAGUAAUUUGUGUAGUGGGUCUUGGUCUGUUCCAGAGGGGCUUCCCACAGGUUGCUAACUGUGUCUGGAUUGGCCUGCCCAUGCUUAUUAUACUGGUUAUUACCCAGUAUUUGAAGCGCAUCAUUCCUAUGUCCCAUGUCACACUUGAGAGGUAUGGUUUGCUUAUUUGCAUUGGUAUUGUCUGGGCUUUUGCUGCUAUCCUCACUGUGGCUGGUGCUUACAACCACGUAAAAGAGGCGACUAAACAGAGUUGCCGCACUGAUCGUUCCUUCCUUAUGUCAUCUGCUCCUUGGAUUAAAAUUCCUUAUCCAUUUCAGUGGGGUACUCCCAUAUUCAGAGCGAGCCAUGUCUUUGGGAUGCUGGGGGCAGCACUUGUUACAUCAGCAGAGUCAACUGGAACCUUUUUUGCUGCAUCGCGUCUUGCAGGUGCUACACCUCCACCAUCACAUGUCCUCAACCGAAGUAUUGGCAUACAGGGUCUCGGCACGCUGCUUGAAGGGAUCUUUGGUUCUGUUGUUGGUACUACUGCAUCUGUUGAAAAUGUUGGACUCCUUGGACUGACUCACAUAGGGAGCAGAAGAGUAGUGCAGAUUUCAACUUCCUUCAUGAUCUUCUUCUCCAUAUUUGGGAAGUUUGGUGCAUUUUUUGCAUCUAUUCCUUUACCAAUAUUUGCUGCCAUAUACUGUGUUUUGUUUGGCUUUGUUGCUGCUGUUGGGAUCUCAUUUAUGCAGUUUGCAAACCCUAAUUCCUUGAGAAACCACUACGUUUUGGGCCUGUCCCUGUUCCUGGGGAUCUCAAUACCUCAAUAUUUUGUCAUGAACACUGAUAUGAAUACUGGUCAUGGACCAAUUAGAACAGGUGGUGGAUGGUUCAACGACAUUUUUAACACAAUAUUCUCAUCACCACCAACUGUGGCAAUGUUUGUUGGGACACUGCUUGAUAACACGCUUGAUGCAAAGCACGAAAUUACUAACAGAGGACUUCCAUGGUUGACUCCCUUCCAUAGGAGGAAUGGAGAUUCUAGAAGUGAUGAGUUCUACAAUUAUCCCAUGAGGUUAAAUGAGUACCUCCCCACCAGAUUUCUCUGAACUCUUAAACCUGUUAUUGUAUAUUAGAUAUAUAUUUACUAUGAGCAAAAUAUUGGCUGUGUUUUUUAUGCAAAGCAAGGGGUUUUCUAAAUAUAGAAGUGAUAAUGUCACCAAAGGUGAGCCCGUAGAGUACUUCCCUAGUUCACUUGACCUCAUAUCUCCAUGGCUGCUUGAUAUCCCUGCCCAAGUGCUAGCGCGACAACUGACUAGCUUCUCCCAGUAGCCCCAUAUGGAAUUCUUGGUUCACUUGGUGUGUCCACUACUUGGUGUGGAUGUGUUCCAAACACUUGAUCUUUGGUGUGAGUUCCACAUUGUUUAUUCACUAAAAUAUUUCCAACAAGAGCGCUUGUGGCCUCAUAUUGUUUAACA